CCCCGGGGCCUGCACUUCCUCUUCCCGCGCUGCCCCGCUCCUGAAGUGCUCGGUUCUUCGGAUCGAAGCUAAGGCCGAGUUCCUCCCGGCGACUAGCACUGUUGGACCCCACACCCCCAGCACCGUCUCUGCCAGACAGCCAUGGCCUCCACCUCGGAACUCGCCUGUAUCUACAGCGCGCUCAUCCUGCACGACGACGAGGUUACCGUCACCGAAGACAAACUCAAUGCUCUGAUCAAAACAGCUGGAGUAACUGUUGAGCCUUUCUGGCCUAGUCUGUUUGCCAAGGCUUUGGCUAAUAUUGAUAUCAACAGCCUGAUCUGCAGUGUUGGUGCUGGUGGUAGUGCCCCAGCUGCAGCAGCUGCCUCUACUGCUGCCCCUGUUGCUGCUGAAGAGAAAAAGGAAGAGAAGAAACAGGAAGAAUCAGAAGAGUCUGAUGAUGACAUGGGCUUUGGUCUUUUUGAUUAAAUGUAACAUGCAACAUUGUUAGAAUUAAAAAGGGAAAAAUACACAUUUGUUUUGUGUUGUCAUGAACGCCUGAAGGAUAAGUAAUUUGCACAGAUAUGGAGGUGGUGGUGUGGUAGUCUGGAUGCUCUGGUUAAUGUUCUCUACUACGGACUUGAUGCCGUAGCUGAUGAAAUUUGAACUCUGUUACUAAAUCUGGAAUUGAAAAUAAAGGGGUCUGAAAUCA